GUACUCCAUCUUAUACUUCACCCAGCGGUUGCAGAUCGAGAAAUUCGUGUCGAGCAUGCUCUACUUCGGGUACAUGCUGAUUAUCUCGACCAUCUUCUUCCUGCUCACCGGAUCUAUCGGCUGCCUCGCAUCUUUCGCCUUCGUGAGAGCCAUAUACGGGUCAAUCAAGAUCGACUGA